AUGAAGAGCUUCAAGCCCGUAUUCCUGUGUGAGGUGAAAGGAGCUGCGGAAACGCAGCAAGUGACAAGUGUACGAACUGCAAAGAAUGGCUCUUAUACCGUUGACGCGACUGAAAAGGUCGCAUACAGGGCGAGCGCAAGUCCCCGCCUCGUUGACCGGUGGCUCGAUAAAUUUGUGCAAUUUGCUGGGUCAGCUCCUGUCUUCCUGGUCAUUGUCAGUGGUCUCUUGGCCUGGGCGCUGACGGGCAUUCGCUUUGGUAACUCGGAUGUCUGGGUGGCUGCCAUCUCCGAUAUCCAGGCUAUCUUGUGUUAUGUCUUCGAUUCCCUAUUGAUGCGCCAACUUCUCCGGGAGUACACAGAGCAGCGUGAGGCUAUGGUUAAAAUCCAGUCACGCUGCCACAGUCACCGUCGAAUGCUUGCCAAGAGGGGAUUCGACAAGUCUCAGAGAAGUGUCAGGGAGGAGCCUUUGCGCCCUCUGGAUCAUGGCUUACACACUCAGAAUCUGUUUGCCCGUUGCAUAAUCUUGUCCGCGAAAGGAUUCGGACAUAUUAUCACUGUUGGCAUGUACUGGGUCUGCAUCUUCAUUUGGCUCGGAUUUGGCCCCAAGUGCGACUGGUCGAACCGCUGGCAAUUAUACAUCAACGAUGCAACAUCUGCUCUGAUGCUCCUGGUCUUCGCCUUCCUUGCAUGCCUGCGUGAGUGUUACGCCGAUUAUACCAAUAUUUGUUUGGAUGCGAUCUUCCGGCUUGACUCGACUCUCGAGGGUGAGCUUCGUCUUCUCGGCGAAGAUGACACGCCCAAUCCUGUUGUAGUCGAUGUCUCGCCCAAGGAGAAUUAUCUUCAAAAGAUGAUCUACUACUAUGCCGAUAUCAUCGGCACACUCGUAGGAAUCCUGUUCCUCAUUGCAGUGAUUGUCACUUGGGCAGCCGUCGGCCCAGUCUUCCAAUUCAACAAUACCUGGUGGCUACUUAUAGGCACCUACGCUGGGCUGGUUGGUCUGUUCGACAGUUUUGUUCUCCGCAAUGUCCAGAGCAAAGUGCACCAGAAUACCAAGUCUCAGGUGCGCCAAGUGGAGAUACUCGACACCACCUUGUUCGCUGAACUGUCUGUGCCCAUUCCUGCCGUGGAUAACCCCAAGACCCCAUCUCUGAGCCGUCGCGUGUCCCGGAAAAUGGAUGCUAUUAGCUCCCAUCUUCUCAUGGUCGUUGCUGGUUUCAUAAUGACCAUCGGUUGCCUCGUUGCAUCUAGCGCCAUGCGCUGGAGUCUGACUGGGCAGUUGAUCUCGAACGUGCCUCCCAGCAUUAUUGAGACGUUUUUCAUGUUGAUCCUAAUCACUGGUCAGAAUGAUGCUGAAGCCGGCGCACGUGUUGACUUGACCAAUAUUUACUUUCGUCGUCAGCGGCUCUUGGCAUUUAUGAUGCAUGCAAAAGUGUACUGCCUAGAGGAAGAGGUUGAGACUUCUACCGUUGCCCAGUAA